AAUGCAGCCUAUAAAGAACUCACACCGCACUAUUAAAUGGUGCGUACUUAAAAACUGUCAAAAGUAAGUGCAUGUCAACAUUGAUUUGUCAUUGUAAUUAUCACUAAGUCAUGUCGAAAACAGAACUGCAGGAGGAAGAACUUGAAGUCUUGAGAUCUAUUUACGAUGGUGAUACCAUGUUUAAAGAGAUUGGACCCACAACAUUUCAGUACAAAUAUGGUGAAGAUAACAGCUACAGGUCGCUGAUAGUCGAAAUUUCAUGGGUGGACAACUAUCCAGAUACUCCACCUAACAUCAACCUGGACACCUUCUACAACAAACACAUAAUUGACAGGGUAAAAUCAAAAAUAAGAAAUAGUCUACUUGAACAGACUGCUGAUCUAGAGGGUACAGCUAUGACAUACUCGCUGUUUGAGUGGGUUAAGGAACACUAUGAUGAUCUGAUUGCAGACCAACCAGAGAGUGCUUCUAUGGCCUCCUCAAAGAGCGAAGACAGCAUCUUAGAGGAGAUCCAAGACGAAAGUAGUAAAAAGAAAGAAAGGAAAGAGCAAUUGACAAAACACCAAAAGAGACGGCUGUAUGAGAAAAUGGGGAAUGCAACAGGGGAGAAACCUCGUGGCUGGAACUGGGUUGAUAUUGUUAAACACCUGUCACAGACUGGGGGCCAGGAAAGCUGAUAGAACUUGUAGGGAAUAGGGUGACAGAGGUGGAAAAGUCAGUCACUCAUUUACUAGGAAAUUAUAGUUGAGUUUUGAAAAAUCUGUGAUCUGUUGCUAAUUUUUUUCUCAGUCUAUGUGAUAUGCACAUACAUAUGUUGCUGAAUCACAUGAUAAGAAAAUAUUAUAAGCAAUGCUAUGUUUAGCUUUCACAUAAUAAUGUUUAUUUGUACACAUAGUGGGAUUAUACUCAUGGCCAUACAGUAAAAGUCUUCAAUAAGCAUAACAAUGCAACUCCCAAUGCUGGCACAAAAAAUGAAAAAAAAUGAUUUUUUUUUGUUGUUGAAAAUGCAGACUAAUGACUAAAGUUGCAUAUGAAAUAUGUAUCUAGCUGAUGUCUAGAAACCAGAAACCAAUCAAGAAAAUAAUAAAUAGAAAAAAUAAUUAAAGCCCAGGUUCAUCUGGUUUUACAACUGGUCAGAACAUUUUUUCUAAUGAUAUAUUGGGCUGCACAGGACAGGUCAUGUCUUUUGUAUCUCUGGUGAGUGACUUUGGGCUUUUCAGGACCUCUUGUUUAAAUCAUGGUCUGGAAAAAGCGUUUAUUUUAUUGGUGACUUGAUUCACAAUGCUGAACUUUUAUUCUUUUACAGUUAUUAUGAUUUUUGCAAAGUAUUUAACUUCAAUCCAAACUGCCUAUAUUUCGUAGGAAUUAUUAACGCUGUUAAAUUUCACAUGAAGUGCAGAAGUUCUCAUUACAAUUGCUUUUUUGAAGCAAAUAUAAAUACUUUGAUAUUUAUGAAAGUAAAAUGAACCAAACUAGACCCACACUUACAGCAGCAAUAUUGUACAUGUCUUUACAUUGCCUUGUACUAUAUGAAAUACCGGUAAACGUUGUUAAUGAUUUGAGGCAAAGUAAAGAAUGGGAACUAUUGUCAGGACUUUUUUAGUAGCUGUGAAGAGACGUAUGAAGUCAUGUUUUGUCAAUUAUUUCUUUAGCAAAUCUUGUUUAUAUUGUAAUGUUAAAGAUAUUGAUGGUAAAAUUUAAUUGUAAGAUGUGUUGUAAUAUAUGCAUGUUUUUCUUGUUAACUAUUCAUGAUGAAAAUGAACUGUAUGGAACGUGGGAAAAAAGAAACCAGAAAACAAAUUAAUGCAUUAUCAUUCUGUGCAAUUUGUAAAUAUGUAUAAAUAUGUUGACAUAUUUUAUAAAUGAACUGUAAAUAACUUAA